AGUAAACAAUAUGGUGGACGAGUUACACUCCCGUCUUAUAUCUGCGGCUCGAUGCCUCAUUUGUAGUAGGCAUCGAUCUCAAUAGAAAUACGUACACGGAAUUCAUCUAGGUUAUUCCAUUCAUCAUGCCCAAAAAAGUGGGGAAAAAGAAAGGAAAGAAGAAAUCAAGCAAGUCUGUUGCAGACGGCGAAAGAUCGCUUGAGCUGGGCACUAUCCCGAACAAAACUAUGGUGCGACAAAUGGCUUCUGAGACACUCAGUGUAGCGGGUAGCAGUCGUGAUGGUACGUCCUCAAGAGAAAGGCUCUCCCAAGCUUUGUUUGAAGCUGAACUGCAGAACAAAAGGAGAUUUAUGAAGGGAAGAUUGACAACAAGAGCAUAUGAGCAACUAACACCACAAGAGAUCAGAGAUCUGAAGUUGGUCUUUGAUGUGUUUGAUACAGACAAAAGUGGGUCAAUUGAUGCUCGAGAACUUAGGAAGGCUAUGAAAGCGUUAGGGUUUAAGAUUUCUAAAGAGUCUUUAGAGGAAAUGAUAGCUGACUUGGAUGUUGACAAAUCUGGAUCAAUUGAAUUUGAUGAGUUCUUGGAAUUCAUUAUCGCGAGACAGGGGGAUGGCAGAGAUGUACACAAUGAAAUUGUUCAA